UACUGCUGGAAUACCGAUGGCUGAAGAGCACUGUCGUGUUUGACGCUGAGGAGCUUUGACUGAAGGGAUUUCAUGGUUUCACUCUUGUCCUGGGUGGGAAGGGAGGAGAAGUUGAACUUCUAGAGAAACCUAAUGGACAAUCUCCACAGCAGAUGGUAACAAAAAAUAAUCCAGAUGGGGUGCAGGUGCUGUAAAAUGAUACAAAGCUAUUUCUUUGAUCCAGUCCAAGUGUCCUCCCCUGGCUAUGUCAACGAAGUGAACAGCUGCAAGUCAGAUGAAGAUGACACUGUUAAAUUAAAAGGCAAGCAGAGCAACGAAGUCCUGGUGCAGAGAAAUGACCUUCAGAGUGAGGGCUUGAAGAGGACCGCGAGCAGAAGCAGAGCGGCUGGUCCGCAGGAGCCCUGCUGGCCUCACCCGGGACUGCUCCCUCAGGAGGACACGGGAGGGGGACCCCGUGCCGAGAAGACUGGCAGUGCCAUCAAUGGCAUCGGCCUCGCCGCUGCUCUGCAGCCCACUGGGGAUCCUGGGCCCCACCAGGGUGACAGGGGCUCCUGGGCCAGUACCUCGAACAACGUUCACCCGACUCAACCCUUCCUUGAAGAAGAGGGCACCAGGGAACAGGACUGUGUGCUGCCAGCCUCAGAAGAGACCAGAGUCAUCCAAAACGGAGACUCCAGAGCUCCUUCCCAGGCAGAACACGGUGCCUUGGGAGUACAAGACCAUGUCCUCCAGCUACCAGCCCCGGAUUACCCUCAGCUUUGGGACUCAGCUGUAGACAACGUUGAUCAUGGAAAAAACGAUUGUCUUUUCAAGAGCCAUACCACGGAGGAGCCCCUGGAGGGAAUUCACCCCAGCGGUGGGGAGCAUGGUUUGAAUACGCCCUUCUCCAGGAAGAGAAGCUGGGAUUCAUUAAACGAGGCCGUGGCGACAGAAGUUCUAAGUGUGUACUUUAAAGAAGAGGAUCCUGCUCAGGGCGUGCCUGUGGUUGAUUUGAGAAACGGGUGGGAGGAUGCCCAUGGCUCCACUGGAGACAGGAGUAGAGAGAUGGCAGACGAGGACGCGGCGGUGGCAGAAGCCCUGGCGGCUUUAGAAGCUGCGACUGCAGGAGAAGAUGAGGAUGAAGCGGAUUAGGGGAGGGGAUUUGUACAGGCAAAUAAGCUAGUGUCCUGUGGCCACGUGGAGUGUUGCUCCUUAGAUGCAGCGCUGAUACUCUGCAGCCUGCACUGGUGCAGUCGUAUGGUUGUUUACAUCCAGCCUCUGUUCGGAUGCUUGGGAGCGCCUGUGCCAUGCCACCUGUUAGAUAUGGAGAACAUCACUGUGUAGACGGGCUGUCACUCAGGACAACAGAAGAAAAGCCAGAGUGGGCCAUUGUGCCGGUGUCCACAGCACAUGCCGAAAUCAAACAGCCUGCUCGCCAACCCGCAAAGCUCCCCCAGCGCAUCUGUACCACCUGGAGAAUGUGCUGAAG